UAUCAUAUAUUUUUUACAAUUGAAUGUCAAUUUAUAACUAAACGUGAAAACAUGAGACCAACAAACAUGGCUGACAAGAAAAAAGAGGAACCGGUGGCACCGGAGAAAAAGGAUGAAAAGAAAGACAAAAAAGGCGAUAAAGAACAAGAACUGUCAGAAGAAGAUAAGCAGUUACAAGAAGAAUUGAACAUGUUGGUAGAGAGAUUAAAGGAAUCUGAUCAAAAACUUUAUAAGCCAGCAUUAGAAAGUUUGAGGUCACAAAUAAGAGCAUCAACAACAUCUAUGACGUCUGUACCUAAACCACUGAAGUUCCUUCGACCUCAUUAUGAAUCUCUGAAAGAAGUGUAUGAAAAGAUCAAAGAUGAUACAACAAAAAGAUUUUGUGCUGACAUUGUAUCAGUAUUAGGAAUGACAACAUCAGAUACAAGAGAGAGCUUGAAGUACAGAAUACUGGGAUCAAAGGAAGAAAUAGGGUCAUGGGGUCAUGAAUAUGUCAGACAUAUAGCUGGUCAGGUUGCACAAGAAUGGCAGGAUCUGGAGGAAAAGAACACAGAAAUGAGAGACAAAUUGUUAACAAUGACCAAAGAAAUUGUCCCAUAUCAUAUGGACCACAAUGCAGAGGCAGAGGCCUGUGAUCUUUUAAUGGAAAUAGAGAAAUUAGACAUUCUCAAAAAUUAUGUUGAUGAAAAUGCUUAUCCUAGAGUUUGUUUAUAUUUAACUAGUUGUGUUCCCUAUGUACCAGACCCAGAGAACAUCACACUUAUGAAGACAGCUGUAGAUUUAUAUCGUAAAUUUAACCAGUUUCCACAAGCCAUUAGAUUUGCUAUGCAGUUGAAUGAUAUGAAGCUGGUUGAGGAAAUAUUUAUAUCUUGUAAAGAUAUAUUGGUGCAGAAACAGUUAGCAUACAUGUUAGGAAGACAACAGAUAUUUUUAGAACUACCAGAUGAUAUAGAAGAAUUUGAUGAAUUGACAGAAAUAAUGUCUAAUGCUCAUCUGAAUAAUAACUUCUUAGCUUUAGCUAGAGAGUUGGAUAUCAUGGAACCAAAAGUACCAGAAGAUAUUUAUAAAUCUCAUCUAGAACAAAGCAGAAGUAGUUUACCCAGUACAACAGUAGACUCCGCACGACAAAAUCUAGCUUCAUCCUUUGUUAAUGGUUUUGUUAAUGCUGCUUUUGGUCAGGAUAAACUGUUAAUGGAAGACGGAAAUACCUGGUUGUAUAAAAAUAAGGAACAUGGUAUGUUAAGUGCUACAGCAUCGUUAGGUUUAAUAUUAUUAUGGGAUGUAGAUGGUGGAUUAACACAGAUAGAUAAAUAUUUAUAUUCUUCUGAAGAUUUUAUAAAGGCUGGGGCAUUGCUUGCUUGUGGUAUUGUCAACUCUGGAGUUAGGAAUGAAUGUGAUCCAGCUGUUGCCUUGUUGUCAGAUUAUGUAAUGCAUAAUACAGCUAUAAUGAGAAUUGGUGCUAUAGUUGGACUUGGUUUAGCCUAUGCUGGAUCCAACAGAGAAGAUGUACUAGCAAUAAUUCUGCCUGUAUUAGGAGAUACUAAAUGUACAAUGGAAGUGAUAGGAAUGGCUGCUUUAUCCUGUGGUAUGAUUGCAGUAGGUAGCUGUAAUGCUGAUGUUACAUCCACCAUUCUACAGACCAUGAUGGAGAGGAGUGAAGCAGAUCUUAAAGAUACACACAGUAGAUAUCUGGCUUUAGGAUUGGCUCUGGCUUAUCUAGGUAAACAGGAAGCGGUUGAUGCCACUUUGAUGGCAUUAGAAGUUAUUGCAGAGCCACUGAAAUCAAUGGCCAUGUUGUUAGUAGAAGUCUGUGCAUAUGCAGGGACAGGAAAUGUGUUAAAGAUACAGAAACUCCAACAUAUAUGUUCUGAGCACGAUGAAAAGAAAGAUGAGGAUAAUAAUGAAAAGAAGGAUGAUAAGAAAAAGAAAGAUGACAAAGAAAAGGAAAAAGACAAAUCAAAAGAAACAGCAACCUCUGAUCUGUCAGCACAACAAAGUGUAGCAGUACUAGGUAUAGCUUUGAUAGCUAUGGGAGAAGAUAUUGGUGGAGAGAUGGCCUUCAGAGCUUUUGGACAUUUGUUACGGUAUGGAGAGACAGCAAUCAAGAGAGCCGUACCAGUAGCUUUAGGUCUGAUAUCAGUGUCUAAUCCUAAACUACAGAUCCUAGACACACUUAGUAAAUUUUCUCAUGACAAUGACCCUGAGGUAGCUCAUAAUGCUAUCCUAGCAAUGGGACUGGUUGGUGCAGGUACAAACAAUGCACGUCUGGCUGCCAUGUUGAGACAAUUAGCUGUGUACCAUGGCAAGGAUGCCAACAAUCUGUUCAUGGUCAGACUGGCCCAAGGACUAACACAUCUGGGUAAAGGUACCCUGACCUUAAGUCCAUACCAUAGUGACAAGGCACUCAUGUCACCUGUAGCUGUUGCUGGACUCCUAGCUGUCUGUGUAUCAUGUCUUGAUGUUAAAAAUCUGAUCUUAGGAAAAUCUCAUUACAUUUUGUACCACCUUGUGUCAGCCAUGCAGCCCAGAAUGUUGACCACUUUUGAUGAGGAAUUACGACCAACUCCUGUACAUGUCAGAGUUGGACAGGCUGUAGAUGUAGUAGGUCAAGCAGGUAAACCUAAGUCUAUAACAGGAUUCCAGACUCAUACAACACCAGUUCUGCUGGCUUAUGGUGAAAGGGCAGAGUUAGCUACAGAAGAAUAUCUACCAAUAAGUCCUAUAAUGGAAGGAUUUGUUAUACUGAAGAAGAAUCCAGAUUACGAAGCUUGAGAACUUUAUAUGUUGUUAGUGAUGUACUGAAUGUGUGAUAAUGACCGAGAGGGAGAGAGAGAGAGUUAUAGUGCUUGCGUUGAAAAUUAAUAAAUUAUUAAAAUGGU